GUAAGCAUAAAAUGUGUCACGGUGCGAUUGAUUGCUGCACUUCUGUUGAUGACCAACGCACUAACAAUUCAGGAACUAAGAGCACAAAUUGCUCAGCAGCGUAUCGCAGAACGGUAUGGCAUAACGACGACGUCAACAGAACCGACUACAACUUCCGGUAGCGAUGCUGCAACUACUACGUCUUCUGCGUCGACCACUGAAAGCUCCAACAAUACGACAUCUACCGAAGGCAGUACUACCACAACGACAGAAUCAACUACACAAGCUGAAACGACAACUACUGAAAGCACUUCAGCAGCAGCGACUUCGACAGCGGAAGCUACAACAACUGCUGAAAGCACUUCAGCAGCAACGACUUCAGAAGCCACAACCACCGGUGCAUCAAGCACUGGAACAACAAGCGUUGAAGCCGGACUAAUAGCUCAGUAUCGCGACCAAGUACGACAGCAAGCUAUCGCAAAAGCUUUGGCAAGGGCUGCCGCAUUAGGAUGA